GCUGUUUUAAGGACGACCGCAUCGUGUUCUGGACCUGGAUGUUCUCCACCUACUUCAUGGAGAAGUUGGCUCCUCGUCAGGACGACAUGUUGUUCUACGUCCGCAGGAAACUUUCCUACGUCAGCACCGACAACGCCGACGGCAAAAAGGUGGAGGUGGAGGUCUACAGGAGGGACUCCAAGAAGCUGCCCGGCCUCGGUGACCCCGACAUUGACUGGGAGGAGAGCGUCUACCUGAACCUCAUCCUGCAGAAGCUGGACUACGUGGUGACCUGCGCCGUCUGCACGCGCUCAGACGCAGGAGAUAUUCACAUCCACAGGAAGAAAUGUCAGGAAGUGUUUGCAUCUCCCAGCAAACACGCUAUGGACAGUAAAGGGGAGGAGUCAAAGAUGAGCUACCCGAACAUCUUCUUCAUGAUCGACAACUUUGAGGAGGUGUUCAGCGACAUGACGGUGGGCGAGGGCGAGAUGGUCUGUGUGGAGCUGGUGGCGAGCGACAAGAGCAACACGUUCCAGGGCGUCAUCUUCCAGGGCUCGAUCCGCUACGAGGCGCUGAAGAAGGUCUACGACAACCGGGUGAGCGUCGCUGCUAAGAUGGCCCAGCGGAUGUCGUUCGGCUUCUACAAGUACAACAACAUGGAGUUUGUGAGGAUGAAGGGUCCGCAGGGCAAAGGUCACGCGGAGAUGGCGGUCAGCAGAGUCCCGACAGGAGACACCUCCCCCUGCGGCACCGAGGAGGAUCAGGUGUCCCCCGUGCACGAGAGGGUGACGUCCUUCAGCACCCCCCCCACCCCGGAGAGGAACCGCCCCUCCUUCUUCUCGCCGUCUCUGAGACGAAAGGUUCCGAGGAACCGAAUCGCUGAGAUGAAGAAAUCUCACUCGGCCAACGACAGCGAGGAAUUCUUCAGGGAGGAGGAAGACGAAGAUCUUCACACGACCACGAACCUUCGCUCUCGCUCGCUCUCGGGCACCGGUCGCUCGCUCGUCGGCUCCUGGCUCAAACUGAACCGGACCGAGGAUUACUUCCUGUUGUACUCACACCUGACGUACGUCACGCUGCCGCUGCACCGCAUCACCACGGACAUCUUGGAGGUGCGGCAGAAGCCGAUCCUGAUGACGUAGCGGCGGCCGGUUGAGACUCUAAAGUGCCUCCUGCAUCAGGCUCCAGAGACACAGCAGCGCCCUCCGGUGUCCAGACAGAGACACCACACACACCUGCUUCAGCCGGAGG